GAGGCCUCCCCAUAGCAACCGCUCGAGCUUGCCUUGUCUGCAGUUGCUCGAGUGGAAGCGCACGUGAAACCUCGCCAACACGACACCCGCCAAAUGACCAUCCGUGAACCGGGAUAGUGGGUUCAGCCGCCGCCAUGAACGACAAAUACCACCGGGCGGCUCGAGACGGUCAUCUGCACCUGCUGAAAGACGCGACGCGCAAAGAUCUGAACGCGCCGGAUGAGGAUGGGAUGACGCCGACGCUUUGGGCCGCGCACCACGGCAACCUGGACGCGCUCAGACUGCUGGUGGGGCGAGGAGGAGAUCCAGAUAAAUGUGAUAUUUGGGGAAACACUCCCCUUCACCUGGCGGCGGCUAACGGCCAUCUGAACUGUCUGUCCUUUCUGGUGUCAUUUGGCGCCAACGUGUGGUGCUUGGACAAUGACUACCACACGCCACUGGACAUGGCGGCCUCUAGGGGCCACAUGGACUGUGUGCGAUAUCUUGACUCUAUCGCCGCCAAACAGAUCACCAUCAACCCAAAACUGGUGAGCAAACUGAAGGACCGUGCCUUCCGUAAUGCAGAGAAACGCAUUAAGCACUGUGAAAAGCUUCAGCGCAAGCAUCACGAACGCAUGGAGAAGCGUUUCAUGAGAGAGAACGCUGCGAUGGACAUGUCGGAUACGAUGAGUUACAGCAGUUUCAGCAGUACCUUAAGCCAAAGGAUCCCUCAGUUCAACACCCUCGACUCCAACAUGACGUACUCACAGGCAACGCUUCAGUCCACAACAAGAGGCCGGACCAAGAUUCAGCGGCGUCUAGAGAAGAAGAAGCAAGGUGAUGGAACGUUCAAGAUUUCUGAAGAUGGGCGAAGGAGUGUCCGCUCGCUCUCUGGUCUUCAGCUGGGUAAUGAUGUAAUGUUCAUGAAGCAGGGAACAUAUGUCAACCCACGCCAGCAGUCCAGCCCUCGACUCAACAUCCGUAACAUGUUCUCUGGUAAACAGGACAUAAGGGAAGAUGAAGAUGAUGAUGAGGUAGACACUGUUUCUCGGGCACUCAGUGAUCCGGGUCUAUAUGAUGCUGCAUACUCCGAAAUAAGUACAGACUCGGGUCGAGACUCUUUGUUCAACCGCCCAGGACUUGGUACCAUGGUAUUCCGUCGGAAUUAUGUGACUGAUGGGCUGUUCCGAAUGGGACGGAAUGAGGGUAGCGUGGUGGGGAGUGAACCAGUGGGACGAGUCCCGAACGUCCGAUUACGAGGGAGACUGCCGCUACGGACACCCAGUCUCGAUGAAGUCAGCAUAGGCAGCUCAUUGAGCCUACAAGAGAGGAAUUUACAGGAUUUGCCUUGGGAGGAAGGAGACCUAGGUUUGGAGGAGGAGGAUGACGAGAUACACCCAUCGUCGGCUCCUUUGGAAGUGUUCCUGGCAUCUCAAGGACUGAGUGACUUCCUAUCCAUCUUCAAUCGAGAGCAGAUGGACCUGGAGGCGUUGCUGUUGUGCUCUGAGCAGGACCUCAUCAGCAUCCACAUCCCACUCGGACCCCGCAAAAAACUACUGGAUGCGUGCAGCAAACGCAACAAUGCUAUCGACGGAGCUGACGGCAUGCAAGACACUAUGCUUUAAAGGAGAGUGUGUGUCUGUUUUUGACUCAGUUCCAAAACCUAAUGUACUCACUAGCUGCCUGCACAAGUGGCUGCUUUUUAAAGCAGAAACCUUGCUGAAUUGAAUCCUCACAGACUGCAGCUUAACACAGUACAUAAAUAGCGCUUCUCACGCAAAGUGCAUGAGAGUCUUGACUCCCAGUUGAUACAGUUCUGGGAUAUCCCAGUUGAAUCGAUUUCAAUUAGAGUAUUUUUAUCAGUACUUUAUAACCAGCAUUUCUCUCCUCUUGUCCACCAUUUUGGAUGUAUUUUUUUCCUCUGAGCUUGAUGCAUUCUCGGAUUUCUUUCUCUGUAAAGCAUACAUGUGAUUCUGUCUAAGAAUUUGGCCAAAACAGUGUAUUUUAGGAGGCAGUAUAAGAUAAUUAAACUGCCUACUUUUUAGAACCACAUCUCGUCAGGAGCUAUAGUAUGUCAAUAAUGCCUCGAUUGACCCUGUUUACUAAAUGUGCAUCCCUGAUCUUGAGGUGCAUUUUAUUACAAAAAAAAUGUCUUUGGCUUUGUAUUUUUAAGCAAAAAUACAGUAACUUGUUCUUCCUCUGCAAUUACUUUGUUUUUCUGCUGACAUCUGUACAGGCUAUUGAAUAAUAUUAUUAUAGCCAAAAGCUACUUAUGCAUUGUUUUAGUAAACUCGUUCUGACUACA